ACCGUGCUAAAUAUGUCAGGUCGCGGCAAGGGAGGCAAAGGUUUGGGGAAAGGAGGCGCCAAGCGUCACCGCAAAGUCCUCCGCGACAACAUCCAGGGCAUCACCAAGCCCGCCAUCCGCCGCCUGGCUCGCCGCGGCGGCGUCAAGCGCAUCUCGGGCCUCAUCUACGAGGAGACCCGCGGCGUGCUCAAGGUCUUCCUGGAGAACGUCAUCCGCGACGCCGUCACCUACACCGAGCACGCCAAGAGGAAGACCGUCACCGCCAUGGAUGUGGUCUACGCCCUCAAGCGGCAAGGACGCACACUCUACGGCUUCGGCGGUUAAACCGUCAUUCGGUUUCAACACAACGGCAACCAAAAGGCCCUUUUAAGGGCCACACACGCAUUUCUACUAUGAGCUAAUAUCCUAUUAGUGGUUGUGAGAAAUGUCCAAGUUCAUUUUGAUCGCGAAUAUUCACAACCUGCUUGAGGGUACCGUCAAACAUAAGCAGUUUCAUGACACUAAUAAUGAAGCUCAAAUUACAAAUGCUGUUUUGUAUUAAAUUGGGGGUUUUGAAAUAAUACAGUUGCGGUUCAGUCACAACUGUAUUAUUGUGUUCUUUAAUAUCAAGCAUCAAAAGUGCUCGAACCACCUUAAAACAAAUUAAUGUUGUGCAGAGUCCAGGCAUUGUCUCAAGAAUGAUUUUGAAGUGUUGUCCAGAUCUUUAAAACGUACAUGGACAAAUGCUAAAGUAUGGUUUGGAAAAUUUGACUGGUUGCAAUGAAAUGUUUAACUGACUUGGUUUGUUUUUAGAGGUUAUUUUUCUUUUCAGAUUACA